UUUAAAUGUUGUUCUUCCCUCUUUUCAGACAGUUCUGGAGAACCCCUCAACAUGAAUGCUACUGACAGCGGGAUCAGCAGUCUCUGUGCAAUAUGUGGAGACCGAGCAACUGGAAAACAUUAUGGUGCUUCCAGUUGUGAUGGAUGCAAAGGAUUCUUUAGACGUAGUAUACGGAAAAAUCAUGUUUAUACAUGCAGAUUCAGCCGGCAAUGUGUUGUUGACAAGGACAAAAGGAAUCAGUGCAGAUAUUGUCGUUUAAAAAAAUGUUUUCGAGCAGGAAUGAAAAAAGAAGCUGUACAAAAUGAACGGGACAGGAUAAGUACAAGAAGAAAUACUUUUGAUGGCUGCAACAUUCCCUCUAUUAGCACAUUGUCACAAGCUGAGACACUUUCCCGUCAGAUCUCAAUCUCCAGUCCUGGUGCAAGCACUGACAUAAAUGCUAAGAAAAUCGCUGGUAUUAGUGAUGUCUGUGAAUCUAUGAAGCAGCAACUUUUGGUCCUGGUGGAAUGGGCUAAAUAUAUUCCUGGCUUCUGUGAGUUGCCACUGGAUGAUCAGGUUGCACUGCUGAGAGCACAUGCUGGGGAACACCUGUUGCUUGGAGCAGCAAAACGGUCCAUGGCAUAUAAGGACAUUUUACUUUUAGGUAACAACUAUAUAAUCCAUCGCAACAGUACUGAAGUGGAGAUCAGCCGAGUCGCAAAUCGAAUUCUAGAUGAACUAGUUCGACCCUUCCAGGAAAUUCAGAUAGAUGACAAUGAGUAUGCUUGCUUGAAAGCGAUUGUGUUUUUUGAUCCAGAUGCAAAAGGCCUGAGUAAUCCAAUGAAGAUUAAGAACAUGCGGUACCAAGUCCAAAUCAGUUUAGAGGAUUAUAUUAAUGACCGUCAGUAUGACUCCCGAGGAAGAUUUGGAGAGCUUUUGCUUUUACUGCCUACACUCCAGAGUAUCACUUGGCAAAUGAUUGAACAAAUACAACUGGUUAAACUAUUUGGAAUUGUUAAAAUUGACAGUUUGCUUCAGGAAAUGUUACUGGGAGGUACUUCUAAUGAUACCAGUCAUUUACAUCAUCCAGUACAUCCUCACUUAGCUCAAGAUCCAUUAACUGGCCAAACCAUCCUCAUAAGUUCAAUGUCUGCUCCUGUACAUGCAGAACAGAUUUCAACACCAGAGACUCCAUUACCUUCCCCUCCUCAAGGCUCUGGACAAGAAUACAAAAUGUCUUCAAAUCAGGCUUCAGUAAUUGCACAGCAGUCUAUUUUGAAACAAAAAUCAUUGUGAUAAUUUUCUUUGUCUUGCUCAUCCUACUUUCCUUAUUUCCCCCAUUCUUUCCCUUCAGUUCUCCCUCCUUCCAUUCCUCCUUCCUUUUUAUGCACUAGAUAAUUUGGUAGGAAACUUGCACAUUUAAAAUCUCAGGAUGAUAAAGAAGAUUAUUUCCCCAGCAGCCACUACUGUGGGUGUUUCUUGAGACCCUUUAUGAUUUGGAAAGUAAUACUCACUGUUCUGACUGCUAUGUAGAGCUGUAACUGUGGACACUGCAGCUGAUAAAAAUGUAUAAAGGUUGAUGUUAUUUUUAGAUCUCUUAACUGCACAGAUUCAUUUUUUUUUAUUUUCUGUUUUAGUUGUCAUCUUAAUAUUAUUGUUUUAGUUGUGUAUAUAACUUUUUUUUUUCAUUGUGAGUGAACAGUCUAGGGCUUGUUUAGCUGUGAAUUGUAGGCAUGAAAAAGUGCAUUAGUCAAACCAAAGCGAAGAUUCCACAAACAAAGCACAUAUAGUAAAUAAAAACGAGGAAAUACUGAAUGGAUAGAAGUAUUCAAUACGUUUUCAAAAAUACUGAUUUGAAAGAAGCAUCUCUUUCAAAUAAAAUUUCAACAAAGGAGUUGAAUCCUCCCUGCAACAAAUUUGUGUGAAUCAGAGGGAGGGCUUGCCAUGUGCGACAAUGUUUGAGAACUUUUUGAAAUCUACAUACACAGUAAUGUCUGUAUUACUCAACGAGACAGUACCUAGGCAUGGAUGUAUAGACACCAGAGUGCUACCAUUUAUAUUACUAAAGAGUUAAAAAGGGGUCUGAAUUUUUAAUGGUCAGGACUAUUUCUCUCCCAGACAAUUUCUCAGGGCAUUUUGGGAAUUAGGCCUGUCUAGGGACACUUUUUACUCUGUACUUUCAAUAUUGCCAUCUUUCUUUACAGAGAAUAACUGUAGAAACAUAGCCAGGCCAUGUCAGUUGACCUCAAGACUGGAGUAUAUAGACUUUGUACUGUUUAAUUUACUAAUGUAAAUGUAGGCAUUGUGUUAUUUGUCUAACUGUCUGGUGAGUGCACUGGCAAUCACUCUAAACUUUACUAGAGAAUAAUUGUAUCAGAGCUGCUCUGAAAGUAAUGCCUCCUAUUUUAUUAUGCUUUGUCACAACGGCAGAGGUGGAUGUUGGCAGUAUGGCAGUAGAGAUCAAACCUUACCACCAAUAAUCCAUUAUGUUUUGUUGCCAUGUGACAGAUGUCAGCAGAGGGGCAAUCUGACAUAUCUGACAUGGAAGCGUGUAUGAAGCAAAAGUAUGGAAUUUAAUUCCUUCAUGUGGAAAAAAUAGCACUUAUUGACAUUCAUCAACACGUGCCUAAUGUUUAUGGAGGCCAAACAGUGGGUUUGAGUGCAGUGAUGCAGUGUGUGCAUUUCAGCACUGGUGAAAACAGUGACAGUUUUCUGGACCACUAUGAGCCUGAGUUAAAAUGGCAGUCCAUGGAGUAGACACAUGAGAAUUUUUUACAGAAGAAAAAGUUCAAGAUUCAGCCCUCGGCAGGAAAGGUGAUGUGCACUGUCUUUUGGGACAAAAACGGGGUGAUCCUUCUGGAUUUCCUGGAACCUGGACAAACCAUCAACUCUGACAGCUACAUCAUGAGACUGACUAAGUCGAAGGUUCAAGCUUCCAGAGUCAGACUGGAGAAGAAGACAGCCUUUCUCCUGCAACACAGUAAUGCCAGGCCCUUUACCAUUUUGAAGAUCAUGGAAAGCACAACCAAUCUGGGCAGCACUGUCAUAUCACACCCACCAUAUAGUCUAGAUUUGGAGCCUUUUGACUUCCAUCUAUUUGGGCUGAGGAAAGAUGGAUUACAUAGCCAGCAUUUUUCUAUCAACAGUGUCACAGAAACUGUGAAACAGUGGAUUACCUCCAGUGGUGCAUAUAUUUAUGGGCGUGGCAUGCAGGCUCAUGUUCAUCACUGGCAAAAAUGCAUUGCUAAAGCUGGUGACUGUUGAAAAAUAGCAUUUUGUAGCUGAGAAUUUGCUGAGAAUAGUGUUUUUGUACUCCUGUUGUAGUUUCUAUGAAAUAAAUAGGAGGCAUUGCUUUCAGAGCAACCUACAUAUUUAUAUUGUAGAUCUAUGUCUGGAGACAGAUGAUUUGCUAACUCAAGUGAUAGACAUGCCUGAAUUCAACUCCAGAUGUUCCUCAUUUGAGCCAUGGUAUUUCAAGCUAUGAAGAUAACCAGCACAUCAUGUUUGGAUUUCAAACUCAGAAUUUUCAGGUGUUUGGUAUGAAUUGACUUACUGUGAUGAGUCCCCUUUGACUCCUCUUCUUCCUUUCCCAGUUUUGAAGGAUCCGGAAUUGAUUGACAUUUUCUUUCUGAGGUCUAUAUUAACUGAUCUAGAUAGAGACCCUCUUCAGUUUGCACAAGGGGCUGUUGUGACACAUGCUCAUAUGGGCAUAUAUUCAUUAAGAAUGUUUGAAAAUUAUCUCUUAUAAAACAUGAAGUGAUUAUUUUGUUCAUACAGUAGUGAUAUCAUAAGAAAAUUGCCACUUUGCACAUUUUAUUUAUUCCAGACAGCAAUGCUAUUCUUUUAAUACUUCAAAGUAGGUGUUUGUUUGGAUUUCCCCCCCCUAGAAGCUAUAUAAGAAAUAAA